UUGGCAGAAUUGGCUCGAACGCAUAUUUUUUGACCCUGGUUCCUCACAUUGUUGCAGUCUAUACCUGCAAAAUGUCCUACAAAGGCUUUGAUGCCACACCCCAAGCGCAGGGCCUCUAUGACCCUCGAUACGAAAAGGACAGCUGCGGUGUUGGAAUGGUCGCAGACCUCACAGGCAAACCAGCACGAGACAUCGUUGAUGGCGCACUGCAGGUGCUUGAAAACUUGGAUCAUCGAGGCGCCCGGGGCUGCGAGAAGGACACAGGAGAUGGUGCAGGUAUUCUCUGUGGGAUUCCCGACAAGUUUAUGCGGCGUGUAGCAUCGGAGUUGUCAGUGGAGCUGCCUCCUCCGCGCCAGUACGCAGUGGGGAAUGUGUUCUUGGACCAAGGUGAAGAGGGCACCAAAGAAGGAAAGCGUAUUUUUGAACAGGUCUUGGGGUCGAUUCCUGGACUUCGUUUGCUCUUGUGGCGGCGAGUACCUGUGGAUUCGGAGUGUCUGGGGAAGACGGCCAAAGAUCAUGAGCCAACAAUAGAGCAGGUCUUCAUUGCAGCAGAAGGCCAACUGAAGACCGAUUUGAAGCGCUUCGAAGCAGCCUUGUUUGUGCUGCGAAAGCGUUCAGCAAACCUUGCAGCGCAGCAGCCAGGGCUGCCAUUCUAUGUGUGCUCCCUAUCUCCUCGAGUGUUGAACUACAAGGGAAUGCUGACGUGCCCAGGUUUAGUGCGCUACUUUCUGGAUUUGCAGGAAGAUGAUUUUGAGUCUCAUGUUGCGUUGGUGCAUAGUCGCUUCUCGACCAACACUUUUCCAGCUUGGCGACGAGCGCAUCCCUUCCGGCAUAUUUGUCACAAUGGUGAAAUCAACACGCUGAAAGGAAACGUCAACUUUGCGCGAGCCCGAGAAGGUCUGAUGAGCUCUGAACUCUUGGGAGCUGAGCUGGAACAGUGCUUUCCAUUGAUGGAGAUGGAUCAGACCGACAGUGGCAUUUUUGACAACUUCCUGGAGGUCCUUGCGAUCUCAGGGCGUAGCAUGCCUGAAGCGGUUGCAAUGAUGAUGCCUCCAGCAUGGGAGAAUGCAGAAGAGUCCAUGGAUCCAAAGAUCCGUGACUACUACAAGUUUCAAGCUGCGCUUCUGGAGCCUUGGGACGGACCAGCCCUGGUCUGUUUCACCGAUGGCGAUGGCGUAGGAGCUUCGCUCGAUCGGAACGGGCUUCGUCCAUGCCGAUAUUACGUGACGAACGAGAAGAGGAUGAUUAUCUCCUCAGAAUGUGGAGUUCUCAAGCUUCCAGCCGAAUCCAUCGUUGAGAAGGGACGUUUGUCUCCCGGUAAGAUGCUGUGGGCUGACUUUGCCAAGGGCACAUUGACCAAGGACUCAGAGCUGAAACAGUCCUUCGCUGCGCCCUCGCCCUGGGGCGACUGGCUCAAAAACGAGUCCAUUACAAUGAAAACUCUGCUGGCUGCUAAGAAGCCAGCAACCAACAUCACCGACGACCUGCGAGCGCCCUUGCUGCGGAGCUUUGGAUACACCCAGGAGUCACUUGAGCUUCUGCUACUUCCAAUGGGCCGGGAUGGAGAAGAAGCCCUUGGUAGCAUGGGCAAUGACACCCCAUUGGCAUGCCUCUCUGAGCAGAAUCGACCAGUCUUCGACUUCUUCUACCAGCUUUUUGCGCAGGUGACCAACCCACCCAUUGACCCUAUCAGAGAGGCGGUGGUGAUGAGCCUAGGUUGCUGGGUGGGUCCUGAGACGAAUGUCCUGGCCAAUCCAAGCCCCCGCCAUUGCCAGCGGCUUUGGCUCGACCACCCAUGCUUGCUACCAGCUGAGAUGGCUGCGCUGCCGAUGACGAAGGAUUUGAAGGGUUGGGAGAUGCGAACUGUGGAUAGCACCUUCCCCAUGGCCGAAGGUGCCGCUGGCAUGGAGCGGCACUUGGUGCGCGUGGCCAACGAGGCUGUUUGGGCGGCCAAGAAUGGCUACCAGAUCAUCGUCCUCUCUGACAGGGCCAGCGGUGAAAAGCAAGUGCCUUUGCCGUCGCUUCUCUCCUGCGGCGCGGUGCACCAAGCCCUGGUAAAGCACAAGCUCCGCACCAAGGUGGCCUUCAUUGUGGAGAGCGGAGAACCCUAUGAGGUGGCGCACCAUGCCUUGCUGCUAACCUUCGGUUGCGACGCUGUGUUCCCUUACAUGGCAUACGAAGCUUUGCGGGUGCUUGCAAGUGAAGGGAAGUUUGGAGCAGACUGGACCACAGAGACCGGCUUUGCCAAGUACCAGAAGGCUGUUGGCAAAGGCCUUCUGAAGAUUAUGGCGAAGAUGGGCAUCUCCACGUUGAGAAGCUACAAGGGUGCACAGAUCGCUGAUGCCAUUGGCCUCGGCAAGGAGGUGGCUGAGAUGUGCUUCACUGGCAUCGCCAGUCAGCUGGGCGGCUUGGGCUUCGAGCAGAUUGCCUUGAGGUCGUUGGGCGUGCACGAUCGGGGCUUCUCCCCAGAUGGAGGCCUCACGGUGAAGAGCCUCUUUGCCAGCUUGCCGAAUGAGGGCAAAUACCACUAUCGUCAAGGAAGUGAUGCCGAGAAGCAUUUGAAUGAUCCCAUGGUGAUUGCUAAGCUUCAGGAGGCAGCAAGGACGAAUUCCAGGGCUGCGUAUGCAUCGUUUGCAGCGCUGCACAACAAUUUGGUGAAGGCCUCGUCCAUCCGAGGACAGCUGGACUUCAAGCCGCCGAGGCAAUACGGACGUGCUGCAUUGCCUCUCGAUGCAGUGGAACCUGCCAGCGAGAUUGUGAAGCGCUUCAGAACAGGUGCCAUGUCCUAUGGAUCUAUCUCCAUGGAGGCACACAGCACCUUGGCCAUCGCCUUGAACCGACUGGGUGGCUUCUCCAACACCGGAGAAGGUGGUGAGGAUCCGGCCCGGUAUGAGCCGUUGCCGAACGGAGACUCCUUGAAGUCUGCCAUCAAGCAGGUGGCCUCUGGGCGUUUUGGAGUGACCAUGGAGUACUUGUCCAGUGGCUUGGAACUGCAGAUCAAGAUGGCCCAAGGAGCCAAACCUGGAGAAGGAGGUGAGCUGCCCGGGAAGAAGGUGCAGGGAGGCAUCGCCAAGACUCGCAACUCCACACCGGGCGUUGGCUUGAUCAGCCCUCCGCCCCACCACGACAUUUACUCUAUCGAAGACUUGGCACAGCUGAUUUUCGAUUUGAAGAAUGCCAACCCGGACGCUGGCGUGAGCGUGAAGCUGGUGAGUGAGAUUGGUGUAGGUGUGGUGGCCACUGGAGUGGCCAAAUGUAAGGCGGAUCACAUCUUGAUCAGUGGCUGUGAUGGUGGUACUGGUGCAUCCAAGUGGACUGGCAUCAAGCACGCAGGCGCUCCUUGGGAGAUUGGCUUGGCUGAAACCCACCAGACCCUGGUGCUCAACGGCCUCCGUGGUCGCGUGACCCUCGAGACGGAUGGUCAGCUGCGUACUGGCCGUGACGUGGUCAUCGCUGCGUUGUUGGGAGCAGAACGUUUCGGCUUUGCCACUGCACCGCUGAUCGCUAUGGGAUGCAUUAUGAUGAGGAAAUGCCACCUCAACACAUGCCCUGUGGGCAUUGCCACGCAAGAUCCCGUGCUGCGGAAGAAGUUUGAAGGUCUUCCAGAGCACGUCGUGAAUUACCUCUUGUUGGUCGCUGAGGAGGUGCGUGUGCUGAUGGCAAAGAUGGGCUUCCGCAACAUGGAUGAGCUCAUUGGUCAUGCCGAGGUCUUGAGGCAAGAUCCUUCCGUGCGAGGGCCCCUACAGCUGGAGGCUGUUUUGGCCCCUGCACACCAGCUUCCAGAUGCCGGAAAGAUGGGCAAAGUGGAGAAUCGCAAACUCUACACGCAAGAACACUUCAUGGUUCUCCAGAGGAUGAUCGACAGAACUCUGGUUGAGGAGUGCAAGAUGACCUUCCGCUAUGGUGAGCGCUCGUACGCCGUCAACAACCAGUUGAACAACGCCGAUCGCACAGUCGGAACGCUUCUUUCUCAUGAGAUCUUCAUGCGAUGGGGAUCAAGCUUGCCUCCAGGAACCUGCCACUUGAAGCUCUCUGGAACUUCCGGCCAGUCCUUCGGUGCCUUUGCAGUGAAAGGUGUCUUGCUGGAGCUGGAGGGCGAUUCCCAGGACUACUUUGGCAAGGGCCUCAGCGGCGGUGCACUUGUGGUGUACCCACCGCGCAAGGCCACUUUUGAGGCUGCGAAGAACAUUAUCAUCGGCAACACCGCACUCUAUGGAGCGACCGCGGGUGUGGCCUUUGUGAACGGCAUCGCAGCGGAGCGCUUUGCGGUGCGAAACUCCGGCGUGUGGGCCGUUGUGGAGGGUGCUGGCGACCACUGCUGCGAAUACAUGACAGGUGGUCGAGUCAUGGUGCUCGGAGGUGUUGGAGACAACUUCGGAGCAGGCAUGAGCGGCGGAAUUGCCUGGAUCUAUGAUCCGACGAAGACCUUCGAGAAGAGGGUCUUGCCACAGGACUUGGAGGUGGGCCGCGUGCAGCCUGGCAGCUCCUUGGAUGUUUACGAGAGCGAGGAGAAGGACCUGUUGUCGCUCUUGGAGGCACACAAGAAUUGGACCCACAGUAAGGUGGCCACGGCCAUUUUGGAGAAGUGGCCGGCCAGUGCCACCGACUUCGUGCGGGUCUUCCCCAAGGACUUCAAAGCGGCAGUGAAGUCGGCUCUGGAACGCGGUGAGCACUCGCCCAUAGGCUCCAUGCGCGAGUACCUUCCUUCCCAAGAAGUCAUUAACGAUCCUCUGGUCAAGCAGCGGAUCCGAAAGCACCCCAAGGUGAGAAAGAGCUCCACCAUGGGUGAGGGUGAUGGAGAGCCCAAGAGUCUUGAUAUGGAGGACAUGGCCAUCUUCCAGAAGACGACCAAGGGAAAUCGCCCGCAGAAGAUUGAGGAUGCCAAGCUUGUCGCAAGCUCCAACCGAGGCUUCUUGGAAGUUGAUCGUGGGGAUCUGCCGAAGAGAGGAGUGGCAGAGCGCGUUGCGGAUUUCCAAGAGAUUUUGGCAAAGAAAGAUGAGGUGGCUGUCCAGACCCAGGCGUCCAGAUGCAUGGACUGCGGGACCCCGUUCUGUCACCAAAGCGUGACCGAUAAAUCGGGGUGCCCCUUGGGCAAUCUGAUUCCGGAAUGGAAUGACUUGGUGCGCAAGGGCGCGUGGUAUGAUGCUUUCAAGCGCCUCAUGUCCACCAACAACUUCCCGGAAUUCACUGGCCGCGUUUGCCCUGCUCCAUGCGAAGGCGCAUGUACUCUGGGUAUCAUUGACGAUCCUGUCGGCAGCCCAGCCUUGAGCCAUGAACGUAAAGACAGGCUACCGAUCUGCAUCCACAAAAAAACAUGUCAAAGAGGGAUAAACCUUGAGGACAAAAUUAUGUAA